UUUCUUAGCGGUCUGAUGCCGUCCUGUCUUGCAAUUGGUUACUCAACUCGCUGUAUUGAACUCGGUCUAGCAGCGAGAGAAAAAAGAGACAACGCGAAUUUGUUUUAGCCUUCUUGGAUCUUGACGGGGUCAAAAACUUCAGCCAAACAUGCCUGACUUGAGAGGGAAGGUAGCCAUAAUCACAGGUGCUAGCUCAGGUAUCGGGAAGGGGACAGCUGUGGAAUUUGCUCAGCUGGGAGCGCACCUGGCUCUGACUGGGAGAAACCAGGAAAACCUGCAGGCCACAGCAAAGGCCUGUGUGGAGGCAGGGACUCAGCAGGACAAGAUCCUACUUGUGACAGGAGACAUAUGCGAAGAACAAGUGCAGAAAAACCUGGUGGAACAAACUGUCCAGACGUUUGGCAGAAUUGAUGUGCUGGUAAACAAUGCAGGGAUAGGCCAGCGGGCUACUAUCGAGACAACAGACAUGGCGGAGUAUGACAAACUGAUGAACGUUAACGUUCGCAGUGUGGUGGCCUUGACCCAGUUGUGUGUGCCACAUCUGACCAAAACUAAAGGGGCCAUUGUGAACGUGUCCAGUGUGCGUGGGAUAAGAGCGUUUGCAGGGAAUCUUGCAUACUGCAUGAGCAAGUCAGCACUGGACCAGUUCACAAGAUGUGUUGCACUUGAACUAGCUUCCAAGCAAAUCAGGGUCAACUCUGUCAAUCCUGGUAUUAUUCCGACAGAGAUUUUCAGACGCGCAGGACGGACUGAAGAAGAAGUUGCCAAGUUUCUGGAACAUUCCAAGACUACACACGCCCUGGGGAGGGUCGGAGAAGUUUCAGAAGUUGCGAAGACCAUUGCCUUCCUGUCCUCGUCGGACGCUUCUUUCAUAACCGGCGCCCAGGUCCCCGUGGACGGGGGAAGGCACGCCAUGUGUCCGCGUUAAGCCUUGGUCACAACCCGCCAUGUACCGUACGUGCUUCUGCGUGCUGUCUUACGUGCAAAAACGUGGGCAAACAUAGGGCAGUCGUGCGUGGUGAGUACCGCCUCCGUACGGAAUACUACGGAUUUGGGAGCACGCAGACACGCCGUAGUACUUAAAGUGCAUGUCAAACUUUUCCUACGUGCGGUCUGCGGAUUCACCACCCGUACGUGCGAGUACAGGCGACGCGCGUGCUCCGUACGUACCGUACGUAAGAGGCACGUGUGAGUACGGUGGGUUGUGACCGCGAGUACAGAUCCGGGUCUAGCAGCUUUGCAAUUGGGAUGAAAAAUAUAUUCGCCACUAGUACAAUCUAUAAACUAUAAACUAUAAUCUCAAUAAACUGAAACUGAAACUGAAGGACGCUUUACCAACCAUGAUUAUUAUAAAACAAACUAUUUUUUUUACUCUGUCUCUUGAUAUUACUAGUAUUUAGUCUAAAGGGAUUCCAAUGAUUAACAAAUUCCUCAAAAUAGUCUACAGACGAUUAUUUUUUCACCUGAAGGGGCGAGUAUAGAACACAAGGUUAACAAUAGCACGGCUGCUUCAACAUAGUCAAAUGAUGUACAUAUUGAAGAAAUAACAAAUUAACUUGACAGAGUUGACCCUGAUUUGCUUGGAAGCUAGUUCUGAAAAGAUAGCAAUAUCCGCAAGUAUACAUUCAUGCAACUUUUCAAAAGUUUUCUGAUACUGUAUUCAGACAUGUACUUGGUAACAAGUUUCUGGUUCAUUCUUUAAACCUUGAAUCCAUUUUCUGUCUCUAUUACAUACCUUGUUUCAACCACAAAACUUUAACCUUAUAAGAUAUGACUUAUAAUAAAGGGUUAAUGCCUUGCCUUAUCCUCGGUGUAUAGGUUAAGAUAAUCCCUGGUCACGUGUUUUAAACACCCUAUAAACCACCAAGUUAGCGUACCCGACCUGGGAUUAUCUCGCCAUAUACACAGAGGUAAAGGCGUGGCAUUAA